CGUCGGACCUCUGCCAAACCAGCAGCAGCAACAGAUGUUUGGUAUGGUGGACAGGACCGUGGGGGGUGGCGGGGUGCAGGGCGGCUCCCUCGCCCACAAACAGAACCAAACCCAGGGGCCUCUGCCACCACCGGGGGCCCAGCCUCCGCCGCCGGGGCUCCACGCCGGGCCCCUGGCAGCCCCUACUGCCGGCAUCGGCCCCGGCCACGUCCCCGGACCAGGGAUGGGACCCCCGCCCGGAACCGGACCCGGGCCGGACCUCAGGGAGCCCCCGGAGUGGGGCAGCAAGUUGCAGCCCAGUCACCUGGACCCGGGCUCGGCCGCACUGCUGCGCCGCUCCAAGCGGCAGAAGGCCGAGAGCAUGCUGCGCAACGACUCGCUCAGCUCCGACCAGUCCGAGUCCCUGCGCCCGCCCCCGCCCCGCCCUUACAAGGGCAAGCGGGGCAGCGGCGCCAACAAGCGCCAGAUGUCCGUCAGCAGCUCCGAGGAGGAGGGAGGGUCCACGCCCGAGUACUCCAGCUGCGAGGACGUGGACAUUGAGAGUGUCAGCGAGAGAGGUGACUGGGAGUGCUACCCUCUGGAUCCAGCUGCAUGGCAUAAGCCUCGCUCUCCUCAGCAUCCGGUGACAUGGCAGCCAUCCAAGGAAGGUGAUCAUUUAAUCGGCCGCAUCACUCUGACCAAGAGGACAACCAUGCCCAAAGAGGCCGGUGCCAUGCUCGGGUUAAAGGUGGUCGGUGGAAAGAUCACAGAGACGGGCCGACUCGGGGCUUUUAUCACUAAAGUAAAGAAGGGCAGCUUGGCUGACGUGGUGGGCCAUCUACGUGCAGGUGAUGAGGUGCUUCAGUGGAAUGGAAAAUCAUUGCCAGGAGCAACUAAGAAAGAAGUUUACAAUAUCAUUUUGGACUCGCAGUCCGAGCCCCAGGUGGAGCUGGUGGUGUCCAGGCCCAUUGGGGUGCAUAAAAGGCUUUAUGACAUACCAAGAAUCCCAGAAACAUCCCAUCCUCCAUUAGAAUCUACAGGUUCGAGCUCCUUCGAGUCCCAGAAGAUGGAGCGGCCCGUCAUCUCUAUCCUCUCCCCGUCCAGCCCCGGAGGCCUGCGGGACGCCCCCCAGACCCUGCCCGGACAGCUCUCAAUGAAGAUGUGGUACGAUAAGGUUGGACACCAGCUGAUAGUCAACGUUCUCCAGGCCAUCGAUCUGCCGGCCAGGCUAGAUGGUCGACCCAGGAACCCCUAUGUCAAAAUGUACUUCCUGCCCGAUCGCAGUGAUAAGAGUAAAAGGAGAACGAAAACAGUGAAAAAGAGUCUGGAACCCAAGUGGAACCAGACGUUCCUAUACUCUCAUGUGCACCGGCGUGACUUCAGAGAACGUAUGCUGGAGAUCACCAUAUGGGACCAACCCAGAAUUCAGGAGGAGGAGAGUGACUUCCUGGGAGAGAUCCUGAUCGAGCUGGAGACGGCCCUGCUGGACGACAAGCCCCACUCGUACAAGCUGCAGACGCAUGACGUCUCGUCCAUCCCCCUGCCCAACCCCUCGCCAUACCUCCCGCGCAGACACCUGCACCCCGACUCGCCCGCCAAGAGGCUACAACGAUCUCAGCGCAUCACAGAAACUGAUUAUGAUGAUGCUAUUGGCGUAGUGGCCACAGCUGUGGAGAACCGCUCGCGGGAUCGAGAGAGAGAGAUGGAGAGAGGAAGACAGAGGGACAGAGGGUCCACCAGCCUGGAGGUCCCUGGAGAUGCCCCGCGCCCCCCCCACCACCGCUCGCGCUCAGUGUCGCCCCAUCGAGAUGAGCAGAGCAGAGAGUGCUCACGACCCCCCCACAUCCCAACACAGAGGAGCUUGGAUGAAGGUCAUCACAACCGUCGCUCCCGAUCCCCUACCCGGUACCAGGACUACCCCCGCGGUCACCAAGAGAGGGAAUACGUGGACGAAAGUGAGGUCAUCAUGAUGCACAGCUCGAUGCGUGGUAGAAGUGCCGAGUGCCUGCACACCGCAAGCUCAACUCUCCCUGCAUGCUUAAAGACCAAGUCUCGACUGAGGUCGAAUGGGGUCACUGCUACUCGCAGCACGAUUACUCACCGUGUGCUCAGGUUUACAGACGAGAUUACCAUUCGUGAUCUGCAGCCAUCUCUUGACAGGGUUAGGAGCGCUAGUGCCAACUGUCUGAGGCCAGAGUCUAAAUCCUAUUCGCCCGAGAGAGAAAGGACCACCCAGUCUCUUCCCCGCAUCAGACCUUCCAGUCCCAGGAUACUAAUCCAACAUGCCUCCCCCGAGGAUGACAGUUGGAUGCUGGAGCCCAUGUUCCCCACUCAGGAGACACAAAACCACCUGAGCGCCAGACCGGUGUUCCGGAGGCAACCAAGACCUCUGGACAAACCUAGCUGUCAGACACACGGCAAGAAACUCUCUGACAGUGACAGAAUACGGCCCACCUCUAUCUUAAGGGGCUCUCGAAGGAAGGGGGUCUCCCUGCCUCCUCUGGGUAAGGUGAUCCAUGGGGGGUCUACCCCUGGCUCGCCCCAUCUGGACAGCAGGACACAUCCACACGGAAGCCCUGCGUACACCUCCUCAUCCACGGGGACAGCAACGGCCACGCGCAGGGGCAGGCAGCUACCCCAGGUUCCCGCCAAAAGCAGCAGUGUAGAGCAAGCCCUCGCAGCAGAGGAGCGAGCUCGAAAGAUGAAAGUACAUUCCUAUAGAACGCCAGGCCCCUCCAGUGCCAGCCAGGACCUGGAGAGGGCGCUGAAGAGUAAACAAGAGCUUUACAAAGACCAGCGGCGGAGCUGUGACAACGUAUCCCACAAGUCCUCGGACAGUGAUGUCAGCGAUGUGUCAGCCAUCUCUCGAGCCAGCAGUGCCUCUCGGAUCAGUAGCACCAGCUACAUGUCCAUCCAGUCAGAACGGCCCCGAGGGAGACUCAGGUCUAAGUCUUUAGAGGGCUGUGAGGGGGAGGAGAGGAGAGAGAGGAGGAUAACGUGGAAAGUGAAUGGGACAGAUGACGAGCUGCUGGAAAGGCACUCGGAUGAAGGGGAGGAGAGUCGUCACAUGCGCCCGUCGGGCCGGAGCAUGCAGAAGAGCACGAGUGUGAGUGGCGAGAUCUACUCCAUGGAGCGCACCGACGGCAGCCAGUCGGACACGGCGCUGGGCAUGCUAGCCGACGGCAACGACGGUAGUGGCAAGAAGCGCCGCUCCAGCCUGAGUGCCCGUGUGGUCGCCAUCGUGGGCCUGCCAUCCCGCCUCAGCCGCAGCACCUCCCAGCUCAGCCAGACAGAAGCUGCCCAGAAGCAGCAGAAGACCAAGGGGAGUCAGGGUGGUAUCCAACGUAGCCAGGAGACGGGCAUGGCGGUGGAGUACCCGCGCAACGCCAUGGCCCGCCAGGCCAGCCGCGAGUCCACCGACGGCAGCAUGAACAGCUACAGCUCUGAGGGGAAUCUGAUCUUCUCAGGGAUGAGGCUCGGGGCUGACAGUCAGUUCAGUGACUUCCUGGACGGCCUGGGUCCUGGUCAGCUGGUGGGGAGACAAACCCUGGCCACGCCCGCCAUGGGAGACAUCCAGAUCGGCCUGAUGGACAAGAAAGGUCAGCUGGAGGUGGAGGUGAUUAGGGCCCGUGGCCUUACACCCAAACCAGGAUCCAAAAACCUCCCAGCUCCCUAUGUCAAGGUCUACUUGCUGGAUAACGGGGUGUGUAAAGCCAAAAAGAAAACCAAGAUUGCACGAAAAACACUUGACCCGUUAUACCAGCAAGCGCUGCUUUUUGACGAGAGUCCGCAGGGUAAAGUUUUACAGGUCAUAGUUUGGGGCGACUACGGGCGAAUGGACCACAAAUGCUUUAUGGGAGUUGCACAGAUCCUAUUGAAGGAGCUGGACCUUUCAAGCACAGUGAUUGGCUGGUACAAACUCUUUCCUCCUUCCUCAUUGGUGGACCCUACGUUAGCUCCACUUACCCGACGGGCUUCCCAAACAUCACUCGAUAGUUCUUCAGUGCCGCCAGGCGUUCGGUCCUAGUGAAGGGGGAGGCAGGAUCCCCUCUCCCACCCCCCCAGGUCUACCUAAGCGGACCAAGGACACACACCUGUGGCAACAAUCAGAGCCCUGAGAGACAAACCAGAAUCACGAUCAAAGCUUUCACUGGAGCCUGACAAUCACUUCUCCACCCCUUAUAUUUUGGUUCUCUUUGCCAUUUUUGUCUUUUGUCUGCAGGUCUGUCGAGGUUUGAUUUUAUUUUGUUUUUUGUUUUUUUGUUGCUGGCUUCAUUCAUGCUGAAUGUGACCUUGUUCCAUUCAGUCACCGUGCGGAAGGCGGGAACAGACUGUUUGUUGACUAAACAAUCAAACUGGUCAGUCAAAGUAGUGAUGGCUGACUCUUGGUCAACAGUGUCAGUGGCAUCAUCAUGUUCUUUCUUCCUCCUUGCCAUAUAAGGAGUGUGGGUGUGUUUGGGACAGUCAAGACAGGGCUACAGAAAGUGAGGCAGGCCACUGUAAGACUGAGAGACCCCUCCUUUCCAGGGGUUGUACCACAGGUCAAAGGUCAAUAGGCCCCCGUCCCCCUAUGGUAGAUGCUGACCUUAACAAGUCUGUUUACAGAAGAUCUCUCCAACUGCUUUGCCUUCUCACUGUACUUGUAUCUUGGUACAGGGGCACACACACAUAGACAAACCAUACAUACAUACAUACAUACAUACAUACAAACAUUGCGCACACACACACACACACACACACACAUACACGCGUGGAAUGUGAAGACCUGUGUUAUGUUUCCUGACAUUUGUUUCCAAACAUAAGUAACAUACUGAGCAGUUAUGGGAAGCCUCUUCCGUAAGUUUUCUUUUUUUGUCUAAUAAUCAGUCAUUCCCUUUUAGUUUUUAGAAUAUUGUGUUCCAAGUGCACACAAUAGUGUAAGUGCACUCGACCUUGCAAAGCCACUGGCCCUGGUCCUUCCAUAGGUUGUUAAUGUUCAGUCCAAGUUUCAGCAUAAACCACUUUCAGCUGUUGCCAUGGUAUCACAGAAUGGUAUCACAGUCACAUUGACAUGUGAUUUUGCCUUGGCAAUUGCCAAUCAAGGUCAGAUAUGAUUACAGGAAUGGUCCGCUGAUGAUCUUUUACAAUCCAAGAACAGUUUUGGUUUGUUUUGUUUUUUUUGGAUUUAAAGCAAGCGCAAGAGCUUGAUCUUUUCUUUUUGAGUAUUAGAAAAUUAUUGCAUUUUGAGAAACAGAUAACAGGCUAAAUGAAAAAGCUUGAUUUUGUCCCCUCUUCUUAAAACCAUUUUCUUCAUUUUUGUUUUGUUGUAUCACGUGUUUCUCAAGAAUCAGCAUUCACACACAUAACCCCUCUCUCCUCAUCUAAAUGUGGCAGUAAAAUGCAGGUUGUGUUUAGACCAGAGUUUUGUCCAGAGAUCUUCUCGAUACAAAAAAGAGAUAAAAGACGACAAAGGCCACCCUCUCCUUCUCGCCAGAGGAGCCAGCAUGUCUCUGGAACGGUCCCGAACUGCAUGCACAUUUUGUAAACCAAGACGGAUGAGAAUUAAAAAAAAAAUAACAAGAGACGAACAUACUCGUGUGUUAGUUCCACAUACUGUAGGCAAGCUUGUGUGUUGCAUGCACCUGUACAGUUUGCUCGUAUUUAAUGAAUAGAUUAGCCAAUGAACUGAAGCCAUUCAUUUCACACGUGGACGUUUGGCCAGGUCCCAUCCUGCUCGUUGUCCCCUGCGUUGAGGCUCGGUGUCUUUGGGGGAACAUUUUUUUCUUAAAUGUUUUAUUUUUUAGAUUUCCUUUUUUUUUAGAAAAAAAAACAACAACAAAAAAGAUAUCCCUGUUGAUGAUCAAAAGUGCUGUACUGUCUGUUGUACUCAGCAAACACAAGUCCCUCUGUGCGUAUGGAAGGUGUUGUUGUUGCUCUAGUUUACUACAGAGGGACUACAACAGACUUAUAGAAUAAUGUGUAUAAAAAUCCAGAGCUAUCUAUAUAUGGAGUAUAAUUAUGAUUAUACAGAAAAAAAUACAGGAUAGAGAAAUAUAUAUAAAGAUAUAUAUUUAAAAAAAGAGUGUAUCCAAGUUAAGAUCACCUAUACAGACACACAUGCACAUGCAGUAAUGUUGAUACGAGUCAGUGAUGUACUUGCUUGUAUUUACUCUGUGGCCCAGUCAAUCUGUGGAUCAGCAAUCUGUCACCUCGGUCCGUUGAUCGGUACCAAGGCCACUAAGGGACACCUUCAGAUCUUUCCUUUCCUCCUCUCACUCCUCUUUCUCGCCUCUUUCACUCUAUCUUUUUUUUGUUUUCCUAAACACGGUAACAAUUCAAAUGUUAAACAUAGGAAAUUGGACUGCCACCAAUCUAUUUUGCUUUAUUAGUCUCCCUAUCCCCUUAACACUUGGUUAGAAAACAAACAAACAAAUAAACAAGCUCACACGCUUCAUAUUUAACCAAUGAUGAGUUUACUUUGAUGUCCGUCGAGGCUGACUACUUUCCUUUGUCAGUAUUAUUUAAGAAUACUGAUUGUUUACAAAUCAUGUGUUCCACUGAAACAGAAUAGAAGGUAUUCACUGCAACAUUUCUUGUUUGUACAACAGAUGUGGCUCAAAUGAUGUGUAUGUUUUAUAUUCAAGAGUUCAUUUUUAUUAUUUACAAAUAAAAGAAUGUGUGGAAGAGA